UUCUAUCCAAAUGUCAUGGCAACGCACUUUGCGUUUCAGUUACCCGUACAUGUAAAUAAACAAUGUUUCAGUUUCAUUUCCACUUUUGCCAAAUUUUCGAGACCAAACACGUACAAACAUAGAAAAAAAAAAGAGUUAAAGGAAGGAAAAAGAAAUGAAAAAGGAAGAUAAGAAUUUCCUUAUCUUUGUAUGUGUUUAGCAUUUGCAAACGGUUCCUGAUUACCUAGUAUUCUUUUUCGGUAACGGGCUCUGACGUUGUAAUCUAUUUAUGUAAUUACUUUUCUGGCCUUUAUAUAUAUUUCUUUCUGAAAAAUGAAUAUUUAAACAGGCUGUGACUUUUGAAAGACAAUCAUGCAUUCUUUAUGUAUACGCUUCUAUGUAAUUAGCGUAGUUAUUUUUCUGACUGUUAAUUUUUCCUUUGCUGUUGAAUUUGGGUGUAAAGAUGAAGACGGCCAAAGUGUUGAUUGGUUUGUAAAUUACAAAAUACCUAAACUUGAGCAAGGGUACAGUGGAACCAAUCUUGCUGAUGGAACAGCAUAUGCUUACAUGUCUUCUGAUACACCUGGACGAUGGAUACUCUCUGAACAGAGUAUAACAACCGAUUCAUCCAUGCUUGCCAAAACGUUGCAUCCUGUUAUACACAAUAAAGAGGAAGCUACUUACUUGUUUUACAAUGACGAUCCACCUGUUGGCUUCAAUGGUACAUCCAAUGGACACUUAAAAGGGGUUGUUGCUUUUAAGGGUAAAUAUGGAUUUUGGCUAAUCCAUAGUAUACCAAAAUUUGGUGAAACCAGGGAAUAUAGAUAUCCAAAUAAUGCCAUGGUAAAUGGACAAAGCAUUUUAUGUGUGUCUUUUAAUACCACUUCUUUGAAUGAAAUAUGUAAUCAGUUAUUGCAUUGUAGUCCAAAGAUUUAUGAAAGCCAAGUUACAGAUGACGCCGCUUCCUUUCUAGAUGAUAAAACCAAAACCUUAUUUACUAGUAAACCUUCUUUUAAUAGGAAAGAACCUUUUGAAAGAAUCACUCCUCUGAAAAGUACUGGUAAAAUGUCUUUUAUUAGCUUUGCUAAGGAUGGCCAAUUUAAAAAAGAUGUUUACAGCAGCAUUAUUGCUCCAGAACUGAAGGCCGAUUUGGCAACAGAAACUUGGCGGAGAGGCUCUGGUGGAUUUUUACCGCCAAAUUGCACUUCCAGUUAUACUGUUAUCGAUAUUUCUCAGAUUAAAAUGACUGUGAAAAUGGGAAGAAAAAAUGAAGACCUCGUCUUCUCAUCCACCGAGGACCAUAGUAAGUGGGCCGUGUCUUUAAGUUCGUCCAAAAGAUGGAUUUGUGUUGGAGACAUGAAUAGAAUGGAUUCCCAAGCAAACCGUGGAGGUGGUGCCUUGUGUUUUCAGUCAGCAAAAAUUAGAAGAGCUUAUCAGUCUCUGAUCGCUGAUUCAGAUCGCUGUCCGAUAUAACACAUGCCUUGAAAUAUUGGUCAUCAUCUUUUAGUCAUGUUUCUUUAUAAUAAUUAGUCAUAGUGAUUGUCACUUAUUAUUUUAUAUGGUUAUUGUUUUGAGAAGCUGAAUAUCAUAUUUUAGUCAAUAUAUCUAUUUUAUAUAUUAGUCAAUGUAUCUCAAUAUAUUUAGUUUAAUGAUUAUUUACUUGUUAUUUUUGUUCUGUUAUUUUGUUGAAAUCUAAAUAGCAGAGUUUAGUGUUGGUAUUAUCUUAUUACGAUGACUUACUCCUUUUUUGUAUGACUAUAUAGAUUUUUUUCUGAAGAAACUAAUGAUUGCUCACUUGUUAUUUUUGUUUGGUUUUGCUGUUGUGAACCUGAUUAUCGUAUUUUAGUCUUGGUGUUAUACUGUAAUGAUUGCUCAUUUUAUUUGUAUAUGACUAGAACUAAGUACCAUGUACUGAUGUCUUUAUAUAUAUUUAUAUAUUCUCUAAUUACUCAUUGAUUGUGUAUGUGUGCAACAUAUAUAUGAUUUGGAGAUUUUAGUCAUUAUAUUUUUUACUCUAGUGAUGAUUCAUUUGUACUUUUCAUAUAAUUAUUAAAAUCUAUAUAGCAUAGUUUAGUAUUAUCUAUUAAGAAGGCUUACUCCUUUUUGUAUGGCUAUAUAGAUAAUUUUUUUCAAGAAGCUUUUUAUGCUUAUGUUUAUUUGGUUUUGCAUAAUUUCUCAAAUGAAGAAAUCUCAUUUUUUUUAUUAAUUUAUUUAAUAUUUAAUGAUGUAAAGGUGACAAAAAAUUAUUUUUUAAAACCACAAGCACAAGAAUGUUAUAUUAGAAUUAAAUUAUAUUUAUUCUACUAAGAGAAAUGAAUUUUUAUUAUAUUAUGAGAAAUAAAUUAUUUCAAUUCUUAAUGGUAUAUUUGGUAUAUAAUGCUAUAUUUGAAUAAAAUAGUAUAAUUUAAAAAAAAAUCUGUAUUUUCAAUACAGAUUUUCUUAUCAUUUCAACAUAAAAGAAUCGCAAGUUAAAAAAAAUAUUUUCAUUCUUUAUAAGAUUCAAAUUUAUCUAAAAGAUUUCAUCGUAUUUAAAAAUAAUUUUGUGCAUGUAAAUUUAGCAUUAAUUGAAUUGAAUAUUAUAAAUCAUGUUUUCAUAAUUAAAGUGUAAUAAUGAUUGCAUUUUAAAAGAAAAAUAAAUUUUACAUUAUAACAUCAUUUUGUGGGUUAUAUCUAUUUACUGUAUCGAAGAUAUUGCAUCCAAAAGAAAAGGAUUAGUUGGAGUUUUAAUUCAUAAAAUGAAAUGAAUUUAAUAGUUAUUUGGCAGUUUUAAUUAAUUAUUUGAAAUAAAUUUGCUUAAAAAACUUUUUUUUUUUUUUUGCUGGAAAAGUUUUUAAUAAAUCUUUUUUUCAUUUCAAAAUUUUGAAGCAGACAAGCAUGGAAUUUGGUAAUGACUGACUGUUUUAGAAUUUUUUUCUUGUAAUUUACUAAAAGAUUUCUUUUUUUAAAAAUCUAUAUUACUUAUUAUAAAUAGUGGAAGUAUUCAUACAAAUUAGCAUCAAACUGUUUGUAUUGGAUUCAUAUAAAUUAGUAUGAAUUAAAUGUAUUAAAUUUGUAUGAAUUAAAUCAAUAUUGAACUGUACAGUAGUUACACAUGUGAGUGCUAUACGGUUCAAUCUUUAUGUAUUCAUUAUAAAUGUAUUCAUUAUAAAUCUUAUGUAUUCAUUAUAAAUCUUAUGUAUUCAUUAUAAAUCUUAUGUAUUCAUUAUAAAUUAAAAAAACCCCUAAGGGAUUUUAUAUUUGUUGUAUCCUUUUAGAAAAUUCAUUGUGGUAUGCUUUAUAAUUUUACGUUAUUUAAGUGUAAAUGAAGACCUUUUUAUACAAAUUCAUGUUAUUUUUUUAUUUUACGAAUUUCGUUAUUAUAUAACUUAUAUAAGAAAUUAUAAUAUUAUAUUCAUCAUUGUUUUAAUAAUUUCUUAUUAUUAAAAAAUCUUGUAUCCAUUCAU